AUGUGGCAGUAUUUAACGUCCAUUAUGGAAAGCGCAUUCCCAUGGAAUGAGGGAUACAGCUACAACCAGUAUAAUAAUAAUAAUAAUAAUCAGUAUGAUAAUAAUAAUAAUAAUAAUGUUUUCUUUAUGAUUAACCGGUCGGAUAUCUGUGUUCACGGUACGUGGAUUGCAGAGAAGAAUAUCUGUGAGUGUGAUAAAGGCUGGUACGAUGCGGUGGACCAAGACGCUCUCAGUAGUGUGUUUGUCUGGUGUAAUGCCUCCCACCCGGUGAAUCCGCCGGACGAUUCGAGUGGAAAGUCCCCCACCGCACCGUCAAAGGGAUUUAUCACUAUUGUGAUUAUCGCUGUUCUUCUCCUUGCGGCCAUUGUGGCGAUGGGGUUCUGUUGUUGGUGUUGUUGUUGUCGACAUCGUGGAGGCCACAGUCAAACACAUGGGAGAAAUGAAGAAUUUAAUCAUAAUCAUAAUAAUAAUAAUAAUAAUCAUCAUCAUCAUAAUAAUCAUCGGAGUGGAAUGAUAACUAAUGGACGUUAUGCACAAACAGCACGAGAGGAAAUGUUACCAUUCUCUAUACAACAACCGUUCCCAAUAUCUAUGAUGCCUCCACAGUCCCAAACCCUCUUCACACAAUUUCCCAUGUAUCCAAAUGCGAAUAUACUUCCAUCUAUUUCCACCAUGCCUGCUCAUACGCUCCCUAAUGCACCUCCCAUGUUGGUAAGGAAUGAACCUCUCACUAUGAGAGAAACAACACAAUCUUAUUAUCCACAACAGACAGGGUUCAGUCAAUAUCCCUUGACACCGUUUGGCUAUGCCAUACCAGGAGAAACCCAUGGUGUUGUUAAUAAUAAUAAUAAUAAUAAUAAUAAUAAUACUAAUAAUACUGUUGGUUUUGGUGGGGCUGCGAUGAAUAUGCCUCCAUCUGAACACAAUGGUACUCCAUUCACAACUAAUCACAAUACAUCCAAUACAAGAGUGCAGAAUACAUCUGAUCCCAAAGAAAAUAAAAAAGAUGUGCGAAGAAAUGGUUAA